AACUAGACAUUAAUUCCUUUUUGUUUCUGUUGCUUGGCUUAGCUGUUAAUAGAAAGAUGGCGAGAGUUUAUGUAGGACUGCUAGCGGUGUUGUUUGUGACUGUUAUGGGGGUAGCCGAAUGCCGGAAAAUGGAGGAGGAUGGCAUUGGAAACGGCAUUGGAAGCGGCAUUGGAAGCGGCAUUGGAAGCGGUAUUGGUGCCGGUGAAAGAGCAGGGGCUGGCGCUGGCGGAGGUGGUGAUGUUGGUGGAGGUAUUGGUGGUAGCAUAGGUUUUAGUGGUAGCGUAGGUGGGAGUGCGGGUGCUGAAGGUGAUGCAGGUGCUGGUGGUGAUGCAGGAGCUGGAGCUGGAGCUGGAGCUGGAACAGGCGCUGGUAAUCAAGGUGGAGCUGGAACACGUGGUGGAACUGGAGCAGGUGCGGGUACUGGAGCUGGAGCUGGAGCUGGAGCUGGUGGUGGUGGACGUGUUGGUGGUGAAACUACAAUCCGAGGAGGUUUUUCUGAAGGAAUUGGUGGGAAUAUCGGUGGCAGCGGUCGAGAAGGUGUUGGGGCCGGUGCAGGACAUGGUGUUGGCGCCGGUGCUGGACAAGGGGUUGGCGGCGGAUUUUAAUUCCCGAGCUUCAUUUUUCUUAGCAGCCUUGCUCAAAGUAAGCAAACACAUGUACCAGAAGUGGUAACAUUCACUUCUCAAUUAUCAAUAUCUAUAAUGAAUAAAAGGCUGCAACAUGC